AUCGAUGUGGUAACGGUGGCAAAUGAACGAGUUGCAACCGUGGUGGUGUUAAUCCGCCGCCGUCUUCGACAUCGCAAAUGAUUUUCUUGUUGUCUAUUUACAAAUCUACAAUAAUUAUCGCGAGUUCGCGACGACUGUUCAAUCGGCCGAGUACUGACACUUGCUUCGCGUUUCCUGCACCCCGUUACCGAUAACAGAUUCCGUGAUUUACUGUUCGUUGUGGUUGUUUUGUACACCAUUGUUGGUGAUCGGUCGCUUUCCAUCGUGGUAUCCGGGACUAUCGGUAAUCCAGAAGAAAGACGGGCGCGGUCGUAGCGUACUGCAGUUCUGUAUAUUGGACAGCGGAAAUCAAGAGGUUUUUGGGGUUAUAGCUGUCGAUUUGUGUAGCGGGAAUAUUCUGCUGCUUCUAUUGAUUUCGAUGAAUUUUCACUGUCAACAUAGGUGCAACUACCUUAAUCAUUACUACUACUUCUACUGAGAGUAUAGGUAAUCACAGUUACACUGGCAACAACACGCAUAAAAGGUUUGAUACUGUAUGGUUUUUACAUGAAGAAUACUUACAGUUAACCAAACAGAAAUUGUUGUCAAUUAACACGUGACUGAACCGAAAUGGAAGGUGUCCCACGAUUGUAUAUGAUUGGCUUGCCAGCCAAACGGUGUGUAAACAACCAGACACCUGAUUUUUCAUCAGCCUUAAAUCAUCAAAUACAAAAAUCAUACGACCGAGAUCCCAGUUUGUAUUCUGCUGACAUGGACACAUUACUUGGACUAAGACAAUCUGCUAUGGACGUUGUGAUGUCAUCUGUUUGCACUGUAGAAGAGUGCACAGCAUUAAAACGUUACUAUGCACACCUUGUUCGAUUAACGGAUAAGUUUCCUAAACUGAUGCAGCAACAAAGUGUUGGGCUAAAGGAAUUUUCUGAUGACGUUGAGGUUGCAACGGCUACAGAACCAAAACCGUUGAUGUUUAAAUGGAAACGAGCUCUUGGUGGCAAAACAAACCUGCAGAAUCAAGUGAAAAAUGAUAUGGACUCCAAAGUGGUAGUUGAUUGUGGCAACAUCGGGUAUGAGAUGAGGUGUGUGCUGUACAAUGUGGGUGCAGCUCAUAGCCGGCUGGCUGCAGCGCAGGACAGGUCACCACCAUUAGUAUCUUCCAAUAUGCCAACUACAAUUGAUGCGGAAAUUCCAUCAAACAAUGCCCUUAAGAUAGCUUGCACACACUUGCAGUGUGCUGCAUGGGCAUUUCAGCAAUUGCUUGGUGGCAAUGGAUCCAAUAAUGAACUAACUAAGUGGAACCAUCGACAGCAGCCACAAGUUACAAGCCGCGCAGUCCUUGAAUUUGCAUACAAUGUGACACUAGCACAAGCACAAGAGUGCAUACUGGAGAAGAGUAUGAUGGAUGGCCGAAAAUCUCUUAUAAUAGCUAAAGUAUCAGCCAUGAUAUGUGAGUAUUUUGCUGGAGCGGUGGAUGCAGUUCAAAGAGUGGAACGUGAGCCAUAUUGUGUAAGCACUAGCAGACUUGAGAAAUGGCGACUAUACUCUGAAUUCAAGUGUCGAUAUUAUGGUGCUGUAACUGCCCUAUUCCAGGGCCAACACGUCCAGGAUCAACUGCAGCAAAUGGGGAUCCGUGUGUCAUAUUACCGGCGAGCAGUGAACCUGUUGGGUCGGGCUGGUUUGAUAUCAGAAAACGGUGGUAAGACGGCGGCUUCAAUGUUGAAAGAUGAAGAUUCGGCAGACGAUGACUACUACUAUUACUUAGAAUCAGAACAUGGACGCCCAGGUGCUGGUCGAUCUGCAGCUGCCAAAGAAUUGGAGAUGCGCAGAGAUACUUUGUCAUUUGCAAUGGAUGUGGCUGCGGCUAAGUGGCGAGCAGCUAAGUCAGAAAAUGAGCUAAUCUAUCAUGAACCUGUAGUGCCUGUACUGUCCGAUGAUGACGAUAGUGAUUGUUUGGGAAAUACCUUAUCAAAAACUGGUACUCAUCGUCGUCAAUUGGAUAGGGUCAAGGGCGCAUCUCUGGUGAAGCCUAUAGCAUUUGGUGUUGAUGAUCCAGACCUAUUAGCUGUUGUUUUGGUCACCAAUAAUAAUGAAUCAUCUAGUGUUACUACUACUUCCUUAUUCAAGGAUUUAGUGCCGACAGUUACCCGUCACCGAGCAGCAAUGUACAGAACAGAGAAACGCAACCUUGAAGCAGAUAUGCAAUCAUUGUGCCAGGAAGCAGAUGACCGAUUGAAUGAAUUUUCUGACACAUUACAUCUGGAAUGCUUAGAAAUGUAUAAAGGCUUAGAUUCAGAAUUCAGUGAUGGUGGUAAAGAGAAUAAUGAUGUUGCAGUUCUCCCACAACAAUUAGUAAAUUGUUGUGCUGCUUACCAAGCCAUGUUGCAACAGCGACAAGAAAAUGGAACAUCAUCUAUUGCAGAUGAAGAAGACCAGUUGGAUAUUGACAUGGUUAGGCUAUCAGCUGCAGUUCAGGCUGUAGAUGGUAUGCUUGACGAAAUAGACAGAUUACUAAAGACCGAAGAACUUGGUGACUCCGAAUAUCGACGCACAGUAGGUCGUCCAUACGAUUACUCUGCUGGUCGGAUGCGUGAAUUACGACGCGAGGCUUCCCGAUACAGGGAAGCUCAUGUAGGCCGUGCACGGGACAGCUGGGUAACUCUUAGUCGAGCUGUUCGGGAUCGCCGUCGCCGGGACCUGGAGCUACUAGCAUUGCCACCAACUGAACUCGCUGCCCGCUUACCACCAGCUCGUCCUGCAAUAUCUGUAAUCGCGUCAGAAGUUGCCGCCUCUGGCUCUGUUGAAUCGUCUUAUGAUGUAGCUGAGUCAUCGGACCAAAACGAAGACUCUGAAUCGGACGAUGGUAGUGAUAGUCGAUUACGGAUGUUGCAACGAGAAUCAAUAAAACGUUUGGAUCGGCUUAAUAUGGUAGUCGGAAAAAUGAAAGAAGUGCGUGAGCAGCGGCAGACACUCUUAUCCCGGCUUCGAGACGAAAUGAACCGAGAGGAUAAGGAAGCUGCAGCCGCAGGUCAGGAAGAUGCAGAUAUUCUAGGAGAACUGCGUGGAUCGGAAGUUGAUGCGACGGUGGCAGUGAAAAAAAAGUUGGAUGAUCGGUAUGGAAAUUUGGUGAGCAUGAUUGAUCAGAAUCUGACAGCUCAACUAAAAAUUUUGGACGCUGUGAGGUCGGCGUAUGCACGAGCGGCACCUGAACGUCGGGCAUUUGCUAAUGCCAUGCAACGGCGACGGACUCUAGUGUCGUCAUUAUUGGACGCUUUUGAAAGUUUUGUGGUAUCCAAUGGAGGGACACCAUUAGAAACUUGUAGUGACACCGUGGCGGCAUCACCGACCUGUGGUCUACUCCCAGAUGCAGUUCUAGCGGAACGUUGCGCAAAGGGUUUGGAUUUCUACCAGCGGUUGCUAACUAACGUAUCAAAACUGUUACAACGUGUAAAAGGUACUUGCCAAGUGCAGACCGAACAGCGAGAUCAGAUGAUAAAACAACACCAAAAAUGGGAAUCCACGACACAACAGACAGAUGACGACCCCACCGCCACAAUUGGUGGUCUUGAUGAUUUACUUGCUGCUGUCUCGGGAAUUGAUGAUCAAGAUCACCAACAGGAAGACUUGGCUGCCUUGAUUGAAAGCUUUGGUAGUAGUGGUGGGCUUAAUAAGCCCGUUGCACCUCUUGGGGGCAGCCACUGGGAUGAGCAGCAUAACCACCUUCGUAGACUUUCACCUCUUGGAUCUGAACAGCAACAACAGCAAAAACAAUAUUAUCAUCAGUAUCGUCAUAAUCAAAUACAUCUACCAACGUCGUCUUCAUUUAACCCCAGUGAUGGAGGCAUUCCUUACUACGGUGGUCAUUUGCCUUCCACAAAAGGAACAUACAAUCGUCUCAACAACAGGCAGCAACAGCCAGCAUCAGCAAUAUUAACUAAUUAUCCAUAUGCAGCCGCUUCAACCGCACUAACAGUACCUGUAAAUUCUUCUACUCCAUCACUCCCUUCUUCUUUAUCAUCAUCAUCAUCAUCUGUGCCAUAUAACUAUUACAAUUAUCAACUACUCACGACAAAAUCAUCAGGCAAUCCUACACUACCUUCACCAACAUACAACAGUAUAACUGCAACUACUACUGGUGAUAUUGAUUUACCAAUGACGCCUAUGAUGAAUGCUCUCCAUUUAAGUGAUAACAAUGGUGUGAGUAACCAAAACAAUAUUUCUUCAUAUAGUAGUGGUAGUGACGUAUUCCCGAAUGCAGCGGCGGCAGUUGCAGUUUUGCAACGACCACUACCAUCACAAUACACUGGUGGUAUUGGUUAUGGUGCUGCCAGUGGUUAUGGGUAUCACCAUCCUCAUACAUUAUUAGCAUCGCGACAGGAGCAAUAUUAUUCACCACAGAAGUACCAGCAACAAAUCUCAACCACCAAUGCUGGUGCGACAAGUGUUGGAACAGCAGGAGUAUUUGUACAACAAAAUCAACAACAAAUGAUAGGGGGAAAUAGUGGUUUAUCUACUGGCAUAUCACAGUCACCAUUGCCGAUGUCUUCACCUCCGAUUUCGUCAGCUACUGUUAACAGUUGUGGUUUAGCAGCAAUAGUGCAACAGUCUACCACCUCUGGUGGUACAUCAACUGUUGGACAUUUUUAUCAUCAAUUACCAUCACAACUGCAGCAACAACAACAGCAACAGCAACAACAACACCAGCAACAGCAACAGCAACAACAACACCAGCAACAGCAACAGCAACAACAACAACAGCACCAACAACAGCAACAACAACAACAACAACAACAACAACAGCAGCAGCAGCUGCAAAAACAACAACUUCAAAAUUACCAACAGCAUCUACAGGAACAGAAACCACAGCAACAACAUCCACAACAGCCUCAAUUGUACCAACAACAAUUGUAUCCACAGCAGCAGCCUCAACUGUAUCAACAACAACCACCUCAGAUAUAUCAACAUUUACAGCAACAGCAACAGCCCCAUCAAUUAACGGCCACAGUAGGAAGUACUACUGGUAAUUUUUACUAUCCUUCACCGCUCCAGCAACAAUCAUCCCAACUGUAUCAACCACCACAACACCAGCAACAAGUUCUACUCCAACCAACGUCAUCGUCUGGCGUAACUGGGAGUUUACAGCAAUCACCAUUAUUGUCAAACAACAGCGUUAGUGUCGGCAGUAGUUAUUAUCAACAACUUCAGCAGCAUCAUCCCCCAACAACAGUAAUAUCAGUACCAACAACCCUUAACAAUUACAUUUAUCAGCAGCCGCCAAUGGCGGCGGUGGCCUUUAACCAACAUCAACAGCAGCAACAGUACUAUCAACAACAGCAGCUUCCUAUUGCUGGUGAUGGCGGCUUGGCCACUAUGACAUCAACUGCCACACCAAUCUUAAAUUUGUUGGAUGACGAUCUAUUAAUAUCAGGCCCACCACCGAUUCAACCUGAAAAAAUUGGUGCUAGUAGUAGCAAUGAUGCUAUUACUACAUCAGCCAAUUAACAGUAACAAUUGACGUGUCUGUUCGAAUAACAAAUAGCGGCGCUUAUAAUUUUAAACUAUUAAACUUUUAUAGUACUUGUGCCACAUUUAUCUUUUUUAUACGUGGGUGAAUAUGUUCGUUUUAUCAAUAUAAAUUACGAUUUGCAAUGCUAAAAUCAGUUAUCACCGCGCAUUGUGAUUUUUAUUAUCUUAUAUGUAUUUCUAUUUUAUUCCAUUAUGAUUAUCUUUAAUAUUUUAUUGCAAUACUAUUAUUUCAUUUAUUAACAUAUAUACAUAUAUAUUAUACUAUAUAUAUAUUUUUUUUAUUAUGUGUGCUGGUAACUGGAUUGGUUGCGAUUGUUAUUAUUUUAUUAUGUAUAGUGGUUAUUAUUAUUAAUUAUAAAAUAAUUUUAUCUAUUACAUACAUGCUCAU